GCUAAAACCGUAAGAACUUGUACCGUAUUGUACGACAAGAAGACAGCAAUCGUCAUUGUAUCACAACAACACGAAAAAAAGAACAUUAGAACAAACAACAACAACAACAACAACAACAACAACAACAACAACAACAACAACAACAACGUCGCCGCAACAAUGAAAGCCUUCCUUGCAUUCUCCCUCCUAGCAUCUGUAUCGGCCGUACACUACGAGAGCCCACCCUGCGGUUCCGACGAAAAAGCCAUCCAGGUGAUGGGGAUUGACGGAGUUUUCUGCUCCCCCGAGUGCACCCCGGAGUGUCCCACGGAUGUCCCCGAAGGCGUCACCGCGGUGAGUAGUACCGGGGCGCAUCGUGCCGGGACGCAAAACAGCGCACGACCGUGGCUGAUUGCCCGCAACUGUUGGGUCUUGCUGCUGCUGCUGCUGCUGUCGCCCGGAAUAUGGCAACACACGACACAUUCCAACCCGACUCGGCUCGGCUCGGCUCCCGUUCUCUCUCUCUCACUCACCGUGCCUGUUCUCUCUGCCGUUUCGCUUGCUCUUGUUUCCCGCUUCUUGGCAUUCGAUGCUUUCCGAUGCGAUCCGAUUGAAUUCAAUUCGGAACAACACCAACCAGGCCCCCACGUGUGCCCUGCAAKCCCCGACGGGGGAUAAGUACUGCGCAAUUCUUUGCAAACCAGGCGGUCUGGGGGGCGGCGAUUGCGGCCCCUCGAUGAACUGCGCUCCGGUUCCCGGUGCCGAUGGCUUUGGCCUCUGCGUGUACCCGGUUGCGGACGAUCGAUCGCCGGGCGUCUUUCUUCGRUCGGCGGAAAACAAGAGAAUGGUCGCCGCSGCCUUUUCUCCCCUCGCCGAUACGGCGGCGUCCUCUGCCUAGACRUCGCUCGYUCGGCAGCGGCUCGCUGCGACACAAUGCUGUAGAACGGAUAUUGAUCGGACGAGCCGGUYACCCGGGCGCAGAAGCCRUGAGUGACGAAUAUCAAGCCGUGGUAUCAAUGCAGAAUGGGCCUCGAAAUCAAUGGGUUUUAUAGUAUUUCUUUUUAAAUUACUUUUGCAACUCUUUUGUUUGCAAAAGCGCCUAUCGACCGAGAGGGAUGUGUCAGCUAGAGAAGAACUGCAAUCAAGUAGUUCUUUAUGAGACAUGGAAGUUUUUUAGCACUGUUUUUAAAUUGGUUUGAUCCUUGCAAAAAAGAACGAAUGUAGAUAGAGUGCCACGCACUCCAAGAAUCUUGAGUCACUUGGCGCUUUGGUAUUUACUAGAAACURCUWGUUCUGCUGCAUGGCUGCCAACCCACCUUUCCAUCACCAUGGCAAUGUGCCAAACAAGAAUAACAAGGAAUGCAAUCACCGUGGAACCAACAAGAAUGCUCCUCUUGUUGAGGUUUUAAGACCAGGAAUUAGCUACCCGCUCGCAACACUAUCAGUUUGAUGUCCCAGCAGCUGGUUGUGGUAACAUCUGGUAUUUACACGUUACA